GUCCACACCGGGAGACAGUCUCGUGUGUGUAAAAUACAGUAAUCAUCAUCCAGACUGCUUCAAAAUCGUUUUCCUUAGUUCCUCAUCAGAUCGAAAUCGAAGCGAAACGGAGAGAUCUCCCUUACUCUUAGCUAGCUCUCAAAAAUGGCGGCGACACCGAUUGCGAGUCCGAUUGCGGUGGCGAUGUACCCGACUUUAUCGGUGUUCACUCUGGCGAUUGGCCUCCUCAUUACCGCUUUCUUCUUCAUCUAUGAAGCUACAUCAUCCAGGAAAAACCGUAGUCUAGGGAUGGAGCUUGCCACCGCGGCAGUAGCAUCUGUUUUCUUGGGAUUUGGAUCGUUGUUUUUGCUACUUGCUAGUGGUGUUUAUGUCUGAUCCUUCUUCCUCAAUACUAUUCCCAGCUAGUUUCAAUGAACAAAAAAAAAAUAACAGACUUUUAUCUUCUGUCCAAUUUAAAUCAGAGUUAUGAAUGUUAGACUUUUGAUUGUCUUUCUUUGUGGAUUUUUAACGCGCUAAACGUAGUUUUGAUGUGGCCGCUAUUAUAACAGCGUUUUGCGUCAGUUAAGCA